AUGUCAGAUUACCGACCUACAACAUAUUUUAACAAUAAUCAAGCAAAUAGUUGGGAAAAUCCAAGUAUGUCACCAGUUCAAGAUUUAGGAAGUUACGAUUCCACUGCUUCAACCUCAGUAACAAAUACUCGUGUAAAUACUUGGGUGGGAAUGAAUGGUAGUGGUCCUUAUCCUCAAGGGUACUUAAAUGGUUCGACGGGCUACGGUGGCUCUCUAUCAGAACAACCAUCAACAAACCACGUUAGUGCACAACGAGGUGCACCAAAUGGAAUAUCUGUGAAUACAUCCAAUCUUAUGUUAAGAAAUAAUUCAUCUAUAAUGGAGACCGACGCGGGAAAUAUCUCUCAAUUGAAUAAACUUGCUGAAGAGACUGGGGCUAUGGCUAUCAUUCACUCCGAAAACAGUAGUCUAGAGAGGAUAAGUGAUAGGACGUUACGUCAUCUCGUGCAAUAUAGCACAAUUAUACCACAAGAUUUACGAAUUAAGCUUCUCCAUUCAUCCACAUCUCUUCAAGAAUUACGUAAUACUAUACAACAUUCUGAACGCCCUCUUCUAUCCGAAUUUCCUCUCUUUAGAGAAGGAGUAAUGCAUCUUAAAGUUCCUGUAUAUACAGUAUGGGGUGCUUGCGAGGAUGUUGCUGUACUAGAAAAGUUUAGAGAGAAAAUAUACAAAGUGCAUAAUUUGCAUAUUUUAGACGAAGCUAAUACCCAUCUCAUUGAAAUUGGUGGCGUUAGUUUACGGUUAUUUGGCUUAGGUGGUGCUGUAGUUCAACAUAAACUAUUUGAUAACGGACAAGGCUCAGCUACUAUUGCCGGUGGUCAUGGCACUAUGUGGACAACAAUUCUGCAAAUUGGUGAAUUAGUCGAGACUGCAUCAAAAGUAUUUGACCAAUCUGAAACAAGAGUUCUCGUAACCCACGCUAGUCCUGGUCGUGAAGGUCUUUUAACACAAUUAUCAGUCAUCUUGCGCGCCGAUUUUACGAUCUCAGCAGGGCUUCAUUUUCGUUAUGGUAUUUCAUAUAAUGAAUUUUCAGUACAAAGAGAUUCAGAAGCUUUCCGUAUGAAGUUAGAAACCUCUCGCAGAGGUUUUUAUGAGAUGUGGGAAUCAGUUAAAGCUCAAGUUGAAGGCUAUAUUGACGAACAGCAAAAAAUAUUAUUACAGAAUGCUUUUACUGUUGUUGAUCGAGUCCCAGCUCAAGGAAAGGAAGAACCAGCUUUUAGAAAUAUGUGGAAUUUCAAUUUGCCCGAUGCUGCUUAUGGUUGGGUACUAUUGGAUAUUAAAGACGGAAGAAUAUCCGCUGAAACAAAAGCACAAGGCUUCAAUUUCGCUUAUCGAAAAAACAAUAUUCAAUCAAAUAAUUCUGUCAUUUGUGGAUCACAAACAUCUGAAAUUGGCGCACCUACAAGUCCAUAUGGUACGGAUAGAAAUAGACGUCAACAGUCUAGUUGGCAGCCUUCACCUGCUCUUCCACCUCAACCAUCAAAUGGUGGUGGUACGAUACCAUCCCCAAUUUUGACGCCACAAAGAUCUACAUCACCUGAAGCAUCACCCAAUCUUUCUAGCGAUUGGAAAAAACCAUUAGCUGAUUCAGCAACGCCGAAUGAAUGGUCGCCAUCAUCAAAGGGCGCUAUUUCUUUAGGUCAAGAUCAUAUGGAACGCCCAUCGAAUAUUCUUGGUAGUGAUACUAGUAGCGAUGGUGACAAUGAUAUCAUCAACUCCACCAAUUCAGGACAUAUUAAUGAAGACUUAAAGAUUUAUUUCGAGUCGGUUGAUUGUCAGGUUGAGAAGGUCCAGUUGAUGUUUGAUAAUAACACAAAAAACCAACUUAAUCAUGCAUAUGUGGUUUUCCAGGACGAAUCAUCAAUUGAAAAAGCAGUUUCAUUAAAUGGAAAGCCAUUUGGUGAAAAUGGAUAUCGUGGUGGCCAUGGAAAUAAUUCACACAAUAAUACUCAGAACGGAAACGGAAAUCAAUGA